AUGCUUAAUAAGCAGAUUUCAGAGAUAAAAACAAACUACUUCAAAAUUGGCCACGUGAAAAAUGUUCAAUAUACAAUCUACGCAGCUGCUGGCAAUAACGAGCAAGAGCUAUUGGAACUAGAAUUGAGUCUACGUCACCAGAAUCCCAGCAUAUUACUCACAUACUACAACAAAUGCCUUUUCCACUUUUUAAUAGAUGAUUCUAUUCAAAAUCCGCUAGAGUACUUGAACCAGCCACAGCCAGUCUUGAGCAUCAAAUACCAAGCCACCGUCAGUAUGGAAAAGUUGGCGAACCCACCAAAAGCGGCUGACAAUGAAGAAUACCUCGCAUUCGCAAAUAUUGGAUUUCUUAGGUCUUUGAAGAAGAUGACAGUGUACAGCUUAGCGGUACUGCGAGCGGUGCAGGUCUUUGGUAAUCAUUGUGUUGUCACAAAAGACAAAGUGUCAUACCAAAUUGUAUAUAUUGAUCCAUGGAUUUUAACUAACGGAGAUAUUCUUAUAUCUUGUAUUGAAAGAAAAUUACCGGUGCUUUAUGACCCGUCAAUGUUAUCUACCAAUGGCAAUAAUCAAGAAUUUGUCGUAUACAUUUUACCCAGUGGGAUCAGGUGUCAUUUGUUUGACCCCUCGAAUGUUGGAAACAAUUUUGUUACAAGUCCCGAAUUCGAUAAUGAGCAGCUAAUACGGUUGCUUCAGCUCAACACCGGAACAGAGAAACUACAAGGAACAACCUGGGUGAAAUUGAUACCCAAUUUGAAGCAUUUGAAUAAUCAAACAUCUCCAAUUUCCAAAUUCGUUCACACUGUGGAAAACAAGAAAUAUAUUUUAUGGCCUUGGUGUCUCUGUCUUUUGCAGUUUGGAUUGCGUGAGAAGGCGUGCAACGCUGUGGAAUUGGUACCAAAGUAUGCGAAUCCUAUAAGUUUGUUGUCCGAAUUUCUUGACUUUAAUAUUGAAUAUAAAUCCGAACUUGAGCAAAUGAGGACGCAGGAGCAGCAGCGAAAACAACAGCAACAGCAACAACAACAACAACAACAACAACAAAUAAAAAUACAACAAUUUCAGCAUGAUGGACUGCAAACAAACCUUCCUACCGAUAACGCAGCGUCCGCAUCUCCAGCUUCUAAACAAGAUCACCACGCAGCUUCCACUGGCUCUUCAAACACACUGAAUGAUCAACCGAGAAAUCUGAAUCAGCUUGGUAUAGGUAUAAAUACGCCCAUUGGAGGUGACGUUUUCAAUCUACAUGUUAACGACGAUUUCUUUUCCAAACAGGGCAACGGCCUUCCCGAGCAGAAGGCAGCAAAUGUUGACGACGAGAUGGAGAUUGACGAGUUAUUUGGCGGGGAUGAAGAUGUGGGUGAGGAAGAAGAUUCCAUCUUGACAGCGCAAGUCGUUGAGAACAACAAGGAUGAAGAGAGUGCGAGUGAUUUGUUUGGAGGGAGUUCACGUCUGGUUUCUCCUGAACAAGAAGAUAUAAAGCAGAAAGAACCACCAACUAGUCCUCAAUCUAAACUUGAUGUUCCAUCGAAGAAACCUCUUCCAUAUUUAGACAUUUUGAGCUCGGGCAUGACUGUGGGGAAAUCCGUAUCCCCGGACUAUGCUGAUCCUGGAGCUCCUGCGCCAAUGAAUCCAACCCCUUCAGUGUGGUCAAAUAGGGAUUUAACAGAUAGCAAUCAUUCUUCCCUGCAAAACGAUUCUCGCGGCAAUAGCGCCAACAAUUUUCUUGAUAUAACCAAACAGACCCUUUUUUCUCCGUUGGCAUUUCAUCCAGUUAUCAAGAAGGACAUCGAUAAUAAAUACGGUAAAGGGGGGAAAUUUUACUUUGACAAAGAAGUGGAAGGUGCGGGAAAAGUUGGUACCAGAGCAACCAGUGUGAGUGGAUCGUCGCCGCUGGCAUCAAGGGAAUUAAAAAGGCAAAAAGUUCAACUGGAUUUCAGCUCAGAAAGUGAAGAGAGUGACGAAGAUGACGAGCUGGAUCAGGCUUCAGAUACAUCAGAAGAGCAAAAAGAUUUUCAAUCAAGCCAAGUGAAUGCAGUCGGUGCAAAUACAGUGUUGAAUUAUGGAGCCCCAAGUGUUGGCCCAGACAAGUCGGUAUUGUUUACGCCAAUGUUACCCACGGGAGGAUUUGGAUCUCCGUACAUCAAUAAUCUCGGAAUGCAAGUAGGUAAGCCCGAAUCGCCGUUACCAUUGAACGAUAUCGUAACGUCAAUGACGCCAGCGUUCUAUGAAGUGUCCAAUGGAAAUCGGUCUCCACAAUUGGCAAACUCUGAGACAAAGAGAGUGACAUCAGAAUUCUCCAACAAAGCUUCUGAACCAUCCAACUUUUUACCGCUAAUUUUGAGAAAUGUGAACGUGUCAACAAUUCCUGCAACGUUUUUAACCAACAACUUAGCCAGUGACAGAUUGGUACCCACGUUUUCGAUGGCAGAUGAGGAAGGUUACAACGAUUUGGACACGGUAAAUGAAGGUGAAUUGGUUGUGAAGUUGAGGAAUUUAAAAGAACUAUUGCAUUUUGUUUCGAGUAGCAUCGUUUUCGACUUGGGAGCUACUUCGAAAAUGUAUGGAAAACUAUCGAAUGAGCAUGCAACUGAGUCCAAUGUGCACGAUGCACAUACUGUUGAAUUCCAAACCCCCAAUCAUGAUUUUCUACAAAAAAUCAAAUCCACAUUUCCCCUUUCUUAUCAAGUUUGUUUGCUGGAGUUUGCUCAUGAUUGUAAAUAUGAACUGGAAAAUACCAUUCUUGAUGGCGCAUUGGAUUUUUUGGAUCAACUCACAGACCUUGAUGGUUUGGAAUCCCCUAGAGGUAUUGCUAGAGAGUUGGAUUCAGUGACUUGGAAUUUUCUGCAACGCGCCACAGAUCAGCAGAGCAAGUUCCAAAAGUAUAUCGAGUUGUCACAAAAAUUAAACUCUGUACAGAACCUGACAGAGGGAAGCUUGUUUAAAACAGAGGAUGUAAAAGUCCAGGUGAGUAAAAACGGCACUGUUAUUAACCUCAACAGUAUUGGAGUUGAAUUCUGGAACUAUUUGGAGUUUUGCCCUGUUGGUGGGCCGAAAAAUUUCCAGUUGCUAGCUGUGGGGGAGACCUCAGAAUUUGGGUCUAGUUCCUAUCUUCAAGGAUUUACCAAUAGGCUCGUCAAUAACUACAAAAGUUGCAAUUUUGGCUCAAUAUCGAAAUUGAGCUUAUCUACAGUGGACACAAGACCCGAUUUAGAACCUGUGGCUGAUGGUGUAAUGCUCGUUAGUGGAAAAAUGUCGCUAAACCAAAGUGGUUAUAUCCAAGUGAACAAAAAACUAAAUUGUCUAGCCGAAUUGAUAAAAUUGGACUUGAUAAACAAAACGAACAACUUUGAGUUUGAUAGACCGCUUUUGAUCUUAUUUAUCGACUUUGAUGAGAGCUUUAAUUCAAUCCUUCAAAUUUCAAAAGUUCUUCGAAACUUUAAAGUGGCACUUUUAAAUCACCAAGUUCCCUUGGUUCAGAUCUUUGCAAAGGUGGUUCCCGCCUCCAUGAUUACAAAGAAGGUGGGGGCAGAUAUCACUUUAAAUCUAUUCAAUAACUACAGCUUGUCGAAAAUAUCAAUGAGCUUGUACAAUGAGUGCCCCCAAGAUGAAGGUCCUAAGCUUUCAGCUUGUCAACUAUUUGCUCCUUUGGUGAAAGAGGCACCUUCGAGGAUUCCAUUCAAGUUCAUCAACAAUAGUUACCGCGAUGUAUCUGGAUCUGAAGACACGUUUGUACACGUUGCGUAUGAGAGAUCUAUUGAUAAAAGCUGGUUUGCAGCAGCCUGGACCGAUCCAUUGGGUCUUGUAAAACACACAAAGUCGUGGUAUUGCUUUUCCAACAAUGGAGAAACUAAUGGAGUGAAGUCGUCAUCACACAAUUUUCAUAAUGACAAAAUGGGUGUUGCUACGAUUGUAGACGACAUAUGGAAUAUCUCGUCGGAGUUAUUCUCUGCAUUGAAACGAACCAAAGAUCGGGAAAAUUCAAUAGGCGGCAAGAGAUUUUUGGUUUUGACGAGGAUCAACAGUGUUAUUCCUGACGAUGAGUUAAUACAUUGGAAACGGCUCAGUAUGAAGUACAAGGACAUCUCGUUGAUUGUAUUAUCAGUGAACCGGACUCCCAAAUUGACGCUUUCGUCGACCUCGACUGAGUGUGUGGAGGAUAAAUCACUCGGUAGAGACGGCGAUGGUUUUUUCGGUGUCAGGAACUCGAAUAAUAUGAAUAAUACAUCACCAAAUACUUCUGGCGGGGGGUUGGUGUUGGCUACUUCACCCAAUGGUAUGGCAUUUCACUCGCCACAGCAGUUUUUAAAUCUACCGUCCAAUUUUUUGUCACCGCAAGACGUGUCAACACCAGGAGCCUCGGCAGGGGUUACAGACACUCAAAAUGAACCCGACGGUGUCUUGAAGGAAACAAAUGGGGACAUUUACGGGUUCAUACCUCGAGUACAACUUCCUCCGUUCAAUUCACCGAGCAGGAUGAAUAUGAAAACAGGGUACUUGAUUAAUGAGCAAGGUGUCACCAUGAGCGACGAAGAGAAGGGAUACUUUGUAUUUGAAGUCAAUUUACUCAGCUGUUCGAAUUAUUGGAACUUGGAUAGUUUGAUGAAAAUGAUCUUGAAACAGUACAAAAACCUAACAGUUUUGAAUGAUAUACUUGGAACGAGGUCAAUUGAUGGUUUUGAUGAGGCAGACGCGGAGCAUGACAACUUGCCUGAUGCAGCGCGCUUAAUAAAACACGAGGACAACGAUCUCACUUUUGAUGAGGAGUUUAGGAGAGCCGAUGAGUCUGUCCAGAACUCCCACAAAAGGCCAAGAGAAGAGGAGGAGGAUGAUAAUGAUGACGAUGAAGAGCAAGAGCAAGAGCAAGAGCAAGAGCAAGAACUAGAGGAGGAUGACGAUGGGGAGGGGGAGGGAGAAGAUGAUGAUGAUGAUGACGAAGAAAGCUUACCUAGUAGGAAGAGAAAGAAAAAGAGGGGUGCCAAUCAAUUCUUUGAUAUCGAAGCUGAGGUCGAUGAGGAAGAGGAAGAUGAAUUAGACGAGGACGACGAGGAGGCAGAAAUGUUGAGGCAAGAGUUUAUCACUGACGACCACGCUGGUGAUGAUCGAGAUGGAAUUAAUAGGGACGACAGGAUGCACAGACAAUUUGAUCGUCGUCGUCAAGAGGCUGAAGAUCAAGAUGCCGAACAGUUGGCUGAAACUUUGAAGCAAAGGUACAGAAAGUCACAUGUUGCUUAUAGGGGAGAUACUGCUGCAGGGGGCACGGUGUCGCAAAAGUUGUUAAUGCCAUCUAUUAAUGACCCAUCGAUUUACGCUAUAAGAUGCACACCCGGAAAGGAGAAGGAGUUGGUCAGAAAGCUCUAUGACAAAAAGAGAACCUUGGAGAGACGGAAGAUGCCAUUGGAUAUUUUAACAGUUUUUCAAAGGGAUUCCUUCAAAGGAUAUAUAUACAUUGAGGCCAAGAGAUCGGAUGCAAUCGACAAGGCGCUACAAGGAAUGGUGAAUGUGUUUUUAAGAGAUAAACUUUUGGUUUCCGUGAAGGAGUAUCCCGAUUUGCUAAAACAAGUCAAGUCGUCAGAUGUUGAAAUUGUGCCUGGAAUAUAUGUGAGAAUUACCCGGGGCAAGUACAAGGGUGAUCUUGCUGUGGUCGAGAACUUGUCGGAGAAUGGCUUGGACGUUUUGUGUAAGGUUGUUCCCAGGCUUGAUUACGGAAGAAACGAUGAGUUUACUCCAGAUGGGAAAAGGAUAAGGCUGACCAUUAGACCACCGCCAAGACUUUUCAGUGGGAGGGAUGCCAAGACGUACGACUCGGCCAACGUACAACAGAGAGGAGAGAGGAGGUACACUUACAAGGGAGAUGAGUAUGAAGAUGGCUUUUUGUACAAGGACUUCAAAUUGCAGUACAUUCAAACCAAAGACGUUCAUCCUACUCUUGCCGAGCUUGAUUUGUUCCAGGCUGGAAAAGAUAGUGAUGGUAUUGAUCUUGCAAAGAUUGCUGCGUCAUUGAAAAACAAGAAGUUAAACGAUGGCAAACAAUCCACCGCAUUUCAACCUGGUGACAAGGUUGAAGUUCGUCGCGGUGAGCAAGCCAAAACAGUAGGGCUCGUUGUUGAGACUGCGUUGAAUGAGAUCAAGAUAACUGUGACGGACAGUGGGGAUCCAAAGUUUGUCAAUCAGAAAUUAACGGUGCCGGCAAAUGAUUUGAGAAAAAUCUUCAAUGAGGGUGAUCAUGUUAGGAUUGUGGAGGGAAAGCAUUUCGAUGAAACGGGGUUGGUGAUCAAAAUUGAUGGUGAUUCUGUCAUAUUGGUCAGUGACCAGACAAAAGAAGAUGUCAGGGUCUUUGCAAAUUUCUUGGUCAAGGCAACCGAUGCAUCCUCGAAUGCCGAUAACAAGCAUUUUAAAUACGAUAUAAAGGAUUUGGUUGAGUUGAGUGCUUCCACGGUGGGAGUUAUUGUGAAGGCGGAAAGGAACAUUUUCGAAGUGCUUACAACUGAUGGAAGGCUUAUAAAUGUUAAACCAACCGCUAUUGCUUCGAAAGUUACGCAAACGCGCCGUGAGCAAGUUGCUACUGAUAAAAACGGAUUCACCAUUAGAAUAGGUGACACCGUGAAGGAGUCUGUUGGGGACAAAGGUCGAGAGGGGGCGAUAUUGCACAUUUACAAGAAUGCAUUGUUCAUCAAGGCCAACGAAAUCGUUGAGAACUUGGGUAUAUUUGUAACUAAUCGAAUGAAUGUCAGUACUGUUGCUACCAAGGACGCAAUUAUAUCCAAGAGCUUUGGUCCUGAUUUGACGAGCAUGAAUCCAAACUUGAAGCUUCCUGAUCAGCUCGCUUUGCAAGGUUUGAAAACACGCGUGCAAGGAAGAGAUAAGUUGUUGUACAAGGACGUGGUGAUUACCCAUGGUAGUUACAAAGGGUUGAAGGGGAAAGUAGUCGAGGCAGAUGAUACAUACGCUAGAGUGGAGUUGCACACAAAGAGCAAAAAAGUUAAGGUGCUCAAGAGAACCUUGAGUGUUUUGAUAAGAGGAGAGGCAGUUCCCUACUUGCGGUUCAUCGGUGCUGCACCAGAACAGGCUGCUGGGGCCUAUUCUCAGCCUACAACCAACCCAGCAUUUGGCAGUGCAGGAGAUAAGUCAGUUUGGAGUGGAGGUGCUACCCCAGCCGUUGGAGCUGGUGGAGGAGCCUCUACCUGGAAUAGAAGUGGAGGCGCUUCCACUUGGGGUGGGGCACGAGGAGGAGGCACUUCCAGUUGGGGUGGUGCUUCCGCCUGGAAUGGAGGUGGCGGUGCGUCAACUUGGAAUGCAAGUGCAAGCGGAAGUGGCGGUUCUUCGGCUUGGGGAGGUGCUCGUGGAGGAGGCUCAGUAUGGGGUGGCAAAAGCGGAGGAAGUUCCACAUGGGGUGGAUCUAAAAGCAACGGAUCUGGGUCAACGUGGGGUGGUAGUGGUAACGCUGCUGGUGGUGCUGGUGGUGCUGGUGGUGGCUCUACCUGGGGAAAGAGAGGGAACAAUAGUACCUGGGGAAACAAUUAA